AUGGCGCGUAAAUCUUCCCUACUCAAACGAGCAGCCAUCGCCGUUGUCUCCGUUAUCGCCAUCUAUGUUCUUCUCAACGCCUCCGUAAGUCGCUCUCUCCCUUCCUCAUCCGAUCUCCCUCGCCAGCUUAUCCGCGAAGAAGAUGACGACGGACGAGCUCCGACUCUGCCUCUGGUUAAGGUUUACAUGUACGAUCUCCCCCGGAGAUUCACUUACGGUCUUAUUGAGCAGCACGGCAUCGCUCGCGGCGGACCCAAUAAGCCCGUCGCUGACGUCACCACUCUCAAGUAUCCGGGUCAUCAGCAUAUGCACGAAUGGUAUCUCUUCUCGGAUCUGAACAGACCCGAAGUGGAUCGAUCCGGGUCUCCGAUCGUUCGAGUCUUGGAUCCUGCCGACGCUGAUCUCUUCUACGUCCCGGUGUUCUCUUCUCUCAGCCUAAUUGUCAAUGCGGGUCGACCCGUCGAACCCGGAUCCGGUUACAGCGACGAGAAGAUGCAGGACGGUUUGAUGGAUUGGCUUGAGGGACAAGAGUGGUGGAGGAGGAACGAAGGGAGAGAUCACGUGAUACCCGCCGGAGAUCCGAAUGCGUUGUAUCGGAUCUUGGACCGGGUCAAGAACGCAGUUCUGCUCGUGGCGGAUUUCGGGCGCCUGAGGCCUGAUCAAGGGUCGUUCGUUAAAGAUGUGGUGAUACCUUACUCUCAUAGAGUCAAUCUCUUCAAUGGUGAAAUUGGAGUUGAGGCUCGCAACACAUUACUCUUCUUCAUGGGAAAUCGAUAUCGCAAAGAUGGUGGAAAAGUUCGUGAUUUGCUUUUCCAAGUUCUUGAAAAGGAAGAAGAUGUGACAAUAAAACAUGGAACUCAGUCCAGAGAGAACCGGCGAGCUGCUACGAAAGGAAUGCACACUUCAAAGUUCUGUUUAAAUCCUGCGGGUGACACCCCAUCUGCCUGCAGACUCUUUGACUCUAUAGUCAGUUUGUGUGUGCCCGUGAUUGUAAGCGAUAGCAUCGAAUUACCUUUCGAAGAUGUUAUAGAUUACAGAAAGUUCUCGAUUUUUGUUGAGGCCAAUGCAGCUCUGGAGCCCGGAUUUCUUGUAAAGUUGCUGCGGAAAAUAGAAACCAAGAAGAUUCUGGAGUAUCAGAGAGAGAUGAAAUCGGUACGACGGUAUUUUGACUAUGAUAAUCCUAAUGGAGCAGUAAAGGAAAUCUGGCGUCAAGUAUCACAGAAGCUACCGCUCAUCAAGCUAAUGAGUAACCGGGACAAACGUCUAGUCCUAAGAAACGCAACCGAACCAAACUGCUCAUGUCUAUGCACAAACCAAACUGGUGUCAUCACUUCCAUAUAA